AUGACGACAGCCCCUGCUGGGGGGAGGCGCCAGCGCCUCGUUAGCGCAGCCCCCCGGCCUUGCACCUUCCUGGAUGCCUGGACCCGCCGGUGGGUGGAAUCGAAGCACAAGCCUGACUACGGCCGGUUCGUCCUCACUGCUGGGAAGUUUUACGGCGAUGCCGAGAAGGACAAAGGGAUCCAGACGAGCCAGGACGCCCGGUUCUACGCCAUCUCCUCGCGCUUCGAGCCCUUCAGCAACCGGGACAAGACGCUGGUGGUGCAGUUCACGGUGAAGCACGAGCAGAACAUCGACUGCGGCGGCGGCUACGUCAAGCUCUUCCCGGCCAGCCUGAGCCAGGAGGACAUGCACGGCGACUCCGAGUACAACAUCAUGUUCGGCCCUGACAUCUGUGGCCCCGGCACCAAGAAGGUCCACGUCAUCUUCAACUACAAGGGGAAGAACGUCCUGAUCAACAAGGACAUCCGCUGCAAGGUGGGUGGGGGGCGCGGGGGCCCAGUGCGGGCGCUGAAGGAGAAGAUCGAGGCGGAGAAGGGCAGCGAUGCCUUUCCCGUGGCCGGGCAGAAGCUCAUCUACGCCGGGAAGAUCCUGAGCGAUGACGUCCCCAUCCGCGAGUACCGUAUCGAUGAGAAGAAUUUCGUGGUUGUCAUGGUGACUAAGCAAAUCAGCCAGCACCAGGAGCAGUUCAUCCAGAUGCUGAAUGAGCCGCUGGGGGAGCUGGGCGACCUCGAGGGGGAGAUGGGCGCCAUCGGGGACGAGUCCCCUCAGAUGAACUACAUCCAGGUGACGCCUCAGGAAAAAGAAGCCAUAGAAAGGUUGAAGGCGCUGGGCUUCCCCGAGAGCCUGGUGAUCCAGGCCUACUUCGCCUGCGAGAAGAACGAGAACCUGGCGGCCAACUUCCUGCUCAGACAAAGCCCAAAGCCGGGGCCCCUCGCGCCACCCCUCGGUGCUUCGGGCCAUGGCGGUGACAGCGUCUCCGGCAGCGAAGGGGUGACGGUGGUGGUGGUGGCGGUGCCAGCGCUGGCACCGGGUGGUGACAGAUGGCAGAGGGACGCGGCCGCAGCCGGAAUGACAGAUGAGGCUGCCACCACCGCCGUCACCGCCACUGCCAUCGCCACUGUCACUGUCACCCACACUGCCGCGGUACCAUCACUGCCACUGUCCUGUCAUCGGCACUGGCACUGCCAGGACACGGUCACCGGCACUGGCACUGGCAUUGUCAUGGCACUGGCACCAUUCCUGGUGCUGUCACUGGCACCACCCCCGCCCCGGGGGGUGUGGGGUGGUGGCCGCAGCAACGCGUGCAUCGCCAGCCCCUAUAGCAGUGUGAUGCAAGCAGGUGCGGCGCAGGGUGCUGUGCUCAGUGCCAAGGCACCGUGGCUGCUGCGGUGCUGGGUGCGGUGCGGUGCAGCGGCCAGCGCAGAGCACGAGGUGCUGCGGACAGCGGGGUGCAACAUGCCGCACGCUGCGGGUGCAAUGUGCACAUCAUGGCACACAACAUAA